AUGCUACAUUUGAAUGGAAUAUGGGGAUUAAGCAAUCUAUUGCAUACAGCUGAUUCUUCUGUUUGUAUGCAACUUUUUUGUGAAUUAGUUAACAAAGGUAUAUGGUUGGAAUUGUUACAGUUAGCUUCAACAAUACCAAACUUGGAAUUUAAUUAUUCUUGUUAUAUGAAAGAUCAAUGGAAGGAGAAUGCUAAAACAAAUACUAACUUUGAUGAGAAUUCAGUGGUGAACAAGAUUCAGUUACCAGGAAUUACAGUUUCACAUGAAGACAGUGAAAUUAAAUGUGAUGAGCUGAGUCAAACUAAUGAAGAAAAAGAUGAUGAUUCUAAACAAAAAUAUCGUACCAAUUUAAAUUUGUUCAAUUGUUCCAAAACUCAUCAUUAUUAUCACAGUCAUCAUACUCAUCACUAUGAUCAACAUCAAUUUCCUCUAUGUAAUCCUUACUCAAAGUUUACACUUUUUAGAAAAAAUGGAGCACAAAUUCAUAUUCUAAUUGUUUACCAAACACUUAGCUUCUUACGUAAUCUGCUUCGGGAUGAAAAAGUAAUAGAUACUGUGGUGAACGAGCAUUGGUGGAAUAUCAUUCAGUUUAUAGUUGCUGUACUGGAGUCGAAUUAUCCUCAACCUGUCAAAGAACAAGCUGUACUUGUUGUUGCACAUAUUGCUACUGGUCGAACUGCACGGUGUGAAGUUCAUCGGAAUGGCGAUUUAGUUGAGAAACUUACAUUAUUCAUGCGUUCUCAAAACAGUUAUACAAAAGCUGCUGCGUUGACUGCAACGUAUAAUCUUUUAGGCUUACAUACGGAAUGCCUUGAUUCUUGUGGAUUACUAAGCGCUUUGAAAGUGAAGCGUAAACCAUUUAUUUUAUCCCAUAGUAGACGUUUAAGGGUUCAACACUACCGUCAUGAAACGCAUCAUGGAAAGAAACAAGAUAUCGCUAGUCAGUCAACAUCUUUAAUACCUUCUAGUAUUAGUCGCCGUGAAGCACCAACAUGUAUGGCUCAGAGUGCUUUAGAAGAAGCUGAAGAAGAAAAUGAGGAACAGGAAACAGUUGUAGAGCAUUGUAGUUAUGCAGGUGAAACUAUGUCUGAAGAAGCGCCUGUAAUUCCGCAAACUACUGAUGCCGCUAUAUCAUUUUCUAUAGAAGAUGACAAUGUUGAUCAAACGAGAUUACGUACACUUCGACGAAGAAGAUAUUAUCGUUCAUCGCAACCGAGUUCCCCUCCUGCUUCAGAUGAUCGUCGAUUGUUAGAUAUAACUGGACAAGAAAGACAGUUAACUGAACCAUCCACUGGAACUACUAGAUCACCUUCGCCAAAUUCUAGAUCGCCGUCAUCAUCAUUAAGCACUUCUUCAACAUCAUCAUGUGCAGAAGGUGAAACCAGUGUGGCCACGGAACUAACGAAUUUACAUCAUUCAGUUGCAGUCGAUAUGUGUGGAAUUUCAUCACCUAGUUGUACUGAUGAAGAUAUCGAGGAUAUAAAUCAACAUCCUGGGACUUUGAGUUCUUUAUCGCCCUCUUUGACCAUAAGUGAUCGAGCUCCACUAGCUGAUGAAGAAAGAGAUGAAGAUCGUGUCAGUGCAACAGAAGUGCAAAAUUCAGCUAUAGGAGAUUCUGACUUAUUAAGUCCAAUGUCUUCAUCUAGUCAGAAGUGUGAAUUAGGUUCGAAUCCAGAUGAUGUUUCGAGUGCAGAAUGUUUUGAACUGAAUAGUUCAGAGCAAAUGGACAGUAUACAAAAUGUUUCCGACUCUAAUGAGAAUGUCCCAUCGACAUCUUCAAGUUCUCGUCGAGAUUGGGAGGCGGGAUUCUGUCGGAUUUUACUGCCUUUCUUACAAGAAUUGGAUUCCGAUCAAGUGCUACGCAGUACGUGGGACUGGUUAAUGUUAUGCGCUAAUAAAGAUGGUAAACCAGUGUUUCUUAAUUCUCUUUUUCAUGCUUGGCAACGACUAUAUACAAAUAUUCCAAGUUUAACAGAAACACAAACCUCGAAUUUAGAGAGAUCAGAAUCUUCUGCUCCUGAUAACAAUAGUAAUAAUAUUACUGUUAAUGAAUUUUUGAGUAAAAUUAAGGAGUCUAUUGAAACAAGUUCAUCCAACUCCGUAUUGACUAACUUACCUAGAUACUGGGAAAAUCGACAUCGUCAUCGAUGCCGACGUCAACAUCGUCAUCAUUGUCAUCGACGUCAUCGUAUCAGCCUGAAUCAAUUACUACAAUCGAUACAAAUAUCACAAAUUCACCAAUGCCUCCAUCAACAUCUAAUGAAAACCUUGAACAAACUGGUUAAGCAGACUCAAAACAAAUUUACACUUGUUGUCAGUCAUACACAUGCUAAUCAUGAUCCCUGUAACUCCUGUCAUCAUCCUUAUCAUUCCUAUUAA